GCACACACAUGCACAGAUAUGCUGCCUGGACACACACACACAGAAAUGCUGCCUUGACACACACACACACAUGCGCAGACAGGCCGCCUGGACACACACAGGCAGUUAUGCUGUCCGGACACACGCACACAUGCAGAUACGCUGUCCGGACACGCACGUGUGCAGUUAUGCUGCCUGGACACGCACACACGCGCAGAUAUGCUGCCUGGACACGAGCAGAUAUGCUGUCCGGACACGCACACACUUGUGCAGAUACGCUGCCUGGACGCAUGCAGACUGAGGUGCUUUUCGGAGGGUGUGCUGCGAGGCCUGCAGUGCGUGUGCAGUGAGGCUCAUAGUUGAUGAAGGACUCUUCCUGCUCCACCGUCACUCCCCCACCCCUGCCUGCCUCUGCCCUCGCCUGGCCUUCUCGGCUAUUUUUGCCACCUGUCUUGGGUGUCCAGGAGUCCCCUACUGCUGUAGGCUGGGGCUGGGGACACAGCAGCCCCAAGCCUGAGAGGCUGGAGCCCAUGGCACUCCCACCGCAUUCUCCCCCUGCCAGCGAGAAGAAGCCUUGGUAUUUAUAUUUAAGAAAUGAAGAUAAUAUUAAUAAUGAUGGAGGGAGGGCUGGGUUGCAGGGACUGUGGUCUCUUCUGGGGCCCGGGACCCGCCUGGUCUUUCAGCCACGCUGAUGCCUGCACCCCGUCCAGGCCAGGCACCACCCCCCACCCCACUGUCGGGGUGGCCCCAGAUCUCUGUAAUUUUAUGUAGAGUUUGAGCUGAAGCCCCGUAUAUUUAAUUUAUUUUGUUAAACAUGAAAGUGCAUCCUUUCUCUCCA